UAUUUUUUUAACAUUCAAAACUAAGCAUAAAAAACAAGUAUUUGUUUUCUCGUUGCUAUUUUUUUAUAGUAGUAAACAAACUCUGCCAACCAAAAUGGCAAUUCCUCCUCCACAGGGGUCUGUUUCUAAGGGAAACGGAGUGCGUAGCGACACAUAAACACAACAGAAGCAGCGCUGGCUGCAAGCUUGCAGUUUUCCACUUGUUAUGAAAAUGGACGUGAAAGUAGGGAAUAAUCCAAACUGUCCAUCAAAAUAAGGACUUUUGUCUGUUACUUGUUUGCUGCAACCAUGUCUACAGCUAAAAAAGAUGUUCACAAAGACACAACCAAGCUGACAGCUUUCAGGAGAAACAGCCAUGACAGAUCAUCAGCCCAUAAUCCAGGAUCUGCUCCUACUUUACCUCUCCUGACAUACCACUCUCCAACAUUUAUGGGUGAACCCACAACUGAUCACCCUCUCAACAAGCCUCAGAUAUCACAGUUCUGUGACAUAUCUGUUGUUGAGCUUCCUCAGUUGGUAGCAGCAGUGGGUCCAGAGGUGGCAAUGGCAGAUUCUGUAUGGACGGAGGGACCUGGUCUGAUAUCAUCUGCUCUCACUGCUGAUAUUCCUCUCAGAGUAAUUAAACACCCUCAGAAAGUAAAGACAGACUCUCUAGGUGAGGACAUAUCCAAACAAGGCUCCACAGAGGGAACCGAGAUUGGAAAAGAGAGUAAGAUCAAGUGCAGUCCUCUUACUGGCAUUGAGGUGUUUGAGAUCUUUGCACAAAAAAAACACCUGGGGGGGCUACAGUUUUACCAUCUGAAGGUUUCUGAAGAUGGUCUGUAUAGACCCUAUGAUCUGCAUGUGGUCCCAUGCAGCAAAGCAGGCUCGGAUCACUACAUCUUUUCGCCCACCUCAGUGAUUCAUGUGAAGGAUGGCUGUAGUGUUGGGCUCUUGAAUCUAGCAGAGUGGUAUCGUGAAGCCAUAUUAUGGAAAGCCCUGAGAGAUAUCCCGUUUUUCAGAGACUAUCUACUACAUAAGGCUUUCACCAGAUGGCGCAGAAACGUGUGUCAUGUCUCAUUUCAACGCAAGUGUAAGCACCUUCAGUCUCAGUUACUGAUAGCUGUUCCCCAGUUCAGGGAAGCUUUAUUUCAUUUGACCAGACUAAUUGAAAAGCUUGAAAAAGUGCACUGGCUACCACAGGAUGUGUCAAACACAUACACACUUACUGAAUUCCAGACCGCACUGUUGAAAAGCAGUCAGCAAUCUCAAAGCUUCGUAGAGAAAUUCUUACAUAACCGCUCUCUGAUACUGACUACGGUACAAGAGACUUGCUACAAAACAUACCAGGAAUUACAACAAGAAGUGGAAGGAUUUCAGCUAAGCCAAUGCAGCCAGCCUUUGCAUCUUCAGCAGGCCUUGAUUAGGAGCCUUCAAAAAAAGCUGAACCAGACUGGUCAAGUCCUUCAAAGGCUGGGAAACUUCACAGCUCUUAUGGACUGCAUGAUUGUACAAAACCUUGUUUCUGUCACUCACCGUGAGCUCAUGAUCUACUUCAAUAAGGUUUUGAAGAGGGAACAGAAAAAUCAGGGCAGUCUUUUCCAGGCAGAGCUGACAUUUGGAGUAGGUGGUCAGCUUGCUCUGUUUCCAUCUAUGCACCUGUUUCAGGAGCUGCUGCUUAGAGCAUUGUUAUCUGUGGUUGGCUCUACUCUACAGGCUGUUGAUGCCUGCAAUAAUCCACCAGAUUCUAAAGCUUCUUUGACUGCUAGUUUCUCUUUUGUCCGUGGUUUCCAACAGCCUACUCCUGGCAUUACAAAUAACAGAAGUGUUCCUGUCAAGAGAGCAUAUAAAAAGAAUGGAUCUACACUCACAAGUACUGGCAGUUUUCCCUCUAAGGAGGAGUCUUGUGUUGUAUCAAACACAAAGUUGGUGCUUCCCAAACUGAGCUCUUUUAGUCUUCAAGGUCAGAGACUGAAUGAAAAGUUCUUCCCUCUGUCCAGAAAACAGCUAGAAUGGCACCUGCACCACCAUGCUGGGGCAGAGGAGGUUGAAAAACAGCAAGCCAGAAUUAUACAGGAAGCCCUCCAAGAGAUCCAGCAACUGUGUGAAAGGCAUUCUGGGUUGGUAGAUGCUUAUUUGUUUGCCAGUCAGUGGAGCCCAGCUUCACUGGAGAGCAUGCGAGGAUGGCCUGCCCCUAAAUAUAAGGAACACCUCCAGAUGAUAAAAUCCUGGAUCAAUCAAGUACACAAUGUGCCUGCUGCUUUUACCAUAUCCAAUAAGCUCAUCACUAUUAACUGUUCACAUAUCCAAGAGUUGCUAGAGCCCUUACUGAACACCAUGGAGAAGGAUGUUUUAAAUUUGAUGUCUAAGGAACUGCAGUUGUGUGCUGAAAACCUGAUAAAUGAUCUGAAGAAAUGUAUGGCAUGCCUUAAGCUUGAGCCCACUGACCUCAAUGAGUUUGCAGAUUAUGCUAGCAUGGUAAAAUGCUACAAGGAAACUGAUUUGCACCAAAAGCUAGAAAACCUGUGCUCCCUUCAAAAAACUAUUCAGCUGAAUGUUAGAAACAUGAUUCCUGAGGAAGUUACAUUGAUUGAGGAGACAUUUGCCCUGUGGAAUCAGUUUGUUCCUCUGCUGAGAACAGCAACAGAGAGAGUCAUGCAGCAACUGCCAUCCAUGAUUAACACUCUGGACAACACAUUUUCCUCCCUGACUAAACAACUAGAAGAUCUGGUCUGCAGUGCCACCACUGGACCUUAUCUGGACCUAAAUCAGAAUUCUGGCCAAAUAAUUCCUAAUCUCAGGAUAAAGUCUAGACAGCUACAUAUGAUAGUUGCACAACUGAAUGAGCUGAGUAGGAACAACCAAAGCCUGAGAGGGCAGCCAUUAGAUCUCUCAUUUGUGAUGACAGCCAAGCAGAAUAUGGAAGCACGGAAAGAGCUGUGGGAGCUAAUGGACGUGUCCACUUUACAGAUUCAGGAAUGGAGGCUCAUUCUGUUUAGCAAGUUCGUAGUAUCCGAAGCCCAGCAUAAGGUAAAUGAAUGGUGUCAGCAAGCAAAUUCUUUAGCGAAAGUCAUCCCCUCUUCUGAUGAAGUGCUUCAGGAAACUUUACUUGUAUUUGAGAGGUUCAGCCAGCAGCUCUCACUGUUAGCCAAACUAAGCAGCCCUACAAUGAAGCACAAACACUGGGCAAACAUAUUUAAAGAUGUGGACCUGCUAGCUGACCGAGGAGAAAACCUAACCGUAGGUGAUCUUAUGUCCAGAGAACUGUGGGAGCAUCAAAAUAAAAUUAGCAAGAUCUGCAUUGAAGCCAAAGCUGAAGCAGACAUGGAGCAAGCAUUCCAGAGGCUUCAGCAGAGCUGGGAAGGGACAGUAUUCAGACUUACAAAGUUCAUUCUUAAUGUCAGUCAGAAGAAGAAUCCACAGUGUGGGGUAACACAAAAGAUAAAGCCUUCUGCUGACUUUGAAUUGACCCAAAAUGCUUCACAACAGAAUUCCAGUAGCAGUGGAACUUUUACCAUAAUGGAUCUAGAAACUCUGAUGGCCCAGGCUGAGGACAAUGUUAUGACUCUGUCCAGCAUGCUUUUUUCUCCUCAUGUCUGCGAUUUCAAAAGAGAGGUAGAAAUUUGGGUCCAGCUCUUGCAGGAACUUGAGGACCUUCUAGAUGUUUGUGAAAGAUAUCAGCAAAAGUGGAUAUUCCUUAGCAGAAUUUUUUAUGAGAUGUCUGUGAGCACAAAAAACAUAGAAUUGAUAAAGAAGUUUUCCCCAGUGGAUCAGAUGUUUCGUGAACUGAUUCAGGCUAUAUCAAGUGACCCACAUGUGCUGAAUUUUGUUACAUUGGGGAAGACUAGAGAGACAAAUUGUGACUUCCACAGACAACAUUUACGCAUUAUCCUCAUUAAAGGACUCACAGCAAUGGAGGAAAUUUGCAGUCAGUUAUUGUAUCUUCUAGACUCACCACGUAGUGAGUUCCCCAGGCUGUGCUUUCUCAGUGAUGGGGAGGUGAUUGAACUUCUCUCACUGCAUCUGACACCAUCCUCCCUUCUACCAUUUGUACGCAAAUGCUUCAGAGGAGUACAGUGGUUUGAGGUUGACAGCAAUAGUAAAAAUGAAAUGACAAACCAAAACAGUGAGCCAGAUCUUCCCAGCACUCAGAUGUGGAUAAAUGGUGUAUAUGGAAUGCUAAAGGAACAUGUACCCUUUGUCUGUCCUCUUAAACUUAAUUUAAACCCUGUAGUUUGUCUUGAUCAUUUGGAGAAAAAUUUACAUCAAACAGUUAAACAGCUUAUUUUGAAAUGCAUUGCUGCACGACAGUGCCCUGAACCAGAAGAAAAUAGUCCUGAACAGUCUAAAAAAGUUGAUGAUAAUAUCCCUACACAAGACCAUGCUUGCAAUUUCAUCACAUCAGAAAAGGAUGAAGGAAAAACUCUAAAUGUCAUUACGUCAACAUUUUUUAAACUAAUAUCUGAAUAUCCUCUGCAGUGCCUUUUGGUUGCAGAGGAAGUUCUGUGGUACAGUGAAAUCUGUAAAAUUUCCCUAAGCCAAGCUCAAAACAAGUGGAUGGGUAUUAAAGCACAAAAUACAGCAAAACUGCAGAGCCUUUGCAAAGCUAUACAGGAUAUCAUUGCAGAUUCCUAUAAUAGCACCUUGGCAACACAGCACACAGUGACAGCGAUUCGUGCCCUAAUUUUACUGAUCAUGAAGCAUUCCCAACAGAUUGCUGGGCUUGUUGACAUAAAAGGCAGUCUGGAAUCUUCUUUUGAAUGGCAGAGGCUUAUGAAGUAUCGCCAUAGUGUCAUUGACAACUGGAGCAAUGUCAGCCAGGAUAAGCCACACUACAGUGAAGGCUCUAUUUAUGUUGAUGUCUUGGGGACACAGUUAGCCUAUGGUAAUGAAUAUACAGGGCCAGAAAACUGGAUGAUGGUGAACACGACUUCAACAGAGCGAGCACAUUUGGGCAUUCUUCUUGCCCUCACUAGUUACAAAUGUGCCUUCAUUAGUGGACCUCUUAUGUCUGGCAAGCAAAGGACUGCACUUCAGUUAGGAUGGGCAUUAGGACAACAAGUUAUCACUUUGAGGUGUUGUUCAAAUACAAGUUUUCUGGUUGUUUGUCAGAUGCUGCUUGGUGCUGUUCAGAGUGGUGCAUGGCUAGUGCUUAGUUCUGUAGAUUCACUGGAACAAGGAAUUUUAUCCAUUCUUGGGCAGUGUUUAACAAACAUCCAUCAAAGUCUGUCAGUAAUUCUGGAAAAUGGACAACAGAAAGAGCUUCAAGAUCACAGUGAUAAGGUUAGACAUUUUGUCAAAAAGCACAGUGAAAAGAUAACUGAAGUCAAAUGCCAGGUUGGAGAAAAAAAUGUUUUGGCCAAGCCAAACUAUGGCUGCAUCAUAAUUUCAUCAAAUGGGUACUCAGUUGAAAUACCAGAAAACCUGCGCAUUACUACAAGACCUGUUUCACUGAUGCAUCCUGACUCUAGCAUUAUUGCAGAGGUUUUGCUGAUUUCUUUGGGAUUUUCUGAAGCAGCCAGCCUUAGCCAACGUUUAAUUUCUCUCCUUAGCCUAGGUAAGGAUUUAUUUUGCCUUCCAGAAUUUGUCUGUAGAGAUCAGUGUUCCUGGCUUGUACUUCUCAGAAAAGUCAUAGAUGCUUCCGGAAUAUACCUGUACAAAAAAUUUGAAGAAACUUGUGAGGAGAGACCAACUGAUUUAAGCUUCAACGCAUCUGAAAACAUAUUACAGGGCUAUCAUUUAUCCCCUCAUAAGUUCACCAGUAAAUCGUCCAUGGCAAAUGCUGUAAGAGAAGAGCAAGCAUUAAUCAAAGGGGUAAUGUCUGUGUUAUUGUCUGCCAUGUCUGAUCACAAUAGAGGCUUUCAAUUCUUCACCAUUUUUGAAGAAAUCUUCCCAGCAGCAAGAUACUACCCAAAUUUUCAAUACAUUAUUGAAGAGAGUGAGAGAAAUGCCCUUAGAAAUGCAGUCACAGAGGAGUUGCAACAAACAGCAUGUUGUGCUGACUCACAAAUACUUCACAAUGCUUUGGCCCUGCAUCAAGCACUGAAGUUUUCUAUGGCAGUUGUGAUUAUUGGGCCAGCAGGUAGUGGAAAAACAACUUUAUAUAGAGCUCUUGCAGGAGCACUUCGGCAGCUUGCAGAAACAUCUGUGGAGGAAAAUGUUGCAGAUACCAACAUUUUGUCACAUUCAUGUUGGUGUUCAGUUGACACAAUGGUCUUAUUUCCUAAUGCUUUGUCACAUGAGGAGCUUUUUGGUGUAUGCUAUGAACAAACGGGUUCCUGGAGGGAUGGUGCCUUCACUAAAGUGUUAAGAGACAUAGAACGGUAUGAGUUUUCUGUUCAUUCUUCUGGGCCACAAAAAGUUAAAUGGCUAGUGUUGGAUGGGGAACCCUUGACCUGCCCAAAGUGGUUUGACUCUUUCAGUACCCUUGGCAAUCCUGAAAAUCCCUUUCUUUGCCUUUCAUCAGGCGAGAAAAUUCAUCCAUCACAAGAGAGAUUUAAAAUUCUUGUUGAAACUACAAACCUUGGGAAUGCCACUCCCUCUGCAUUGGCACGGUGCAGCCUGGUGUGCAUUUCUGGAAAUGACGUGUGGAAAAAUGUGUGGAAAGCUGAAAUUGAUGCCCUGUGCAGGGAGCAUGUUUUGGACCAGAACACUCUGACAAUGUGGAGGUGUCUGGCUGAAGAUCUUUUUUCUAGCACUAUAAUUUUCCUCAGCCAUAAAGGUUUCACAUCUAUACUGUCCAAUGAAGGACUUGAAGCUAGUAAAUCAAGUCCUGGAAUAUCUAAUGGUUUGCAAGAAGUAAUGUCAUUCAUUAAAAUACUCCAUGCUCUUCUGGGGGAGUCUGGAAAUAGGAGUGGCUUGAAAUCAGCAUCUAAACAAAAAAGAGACCCUACCCUCAAGCCACCCUCCACAGAGCUACAUGCAAGAAACCUCUUUGUGAUUGCUUAUAUUUGGGGUUUUGGUGGGCAGCUGCAUCCUAGACACUGGCCACAGUUUGAUAUUUUUGCAAGGGAAGCCUUGUUUAAAUGCCGUUACAAAAUUGAAGUACCAGUUAAAGGCACAGUAUUUGAGCACUUCUUUAACCUUAGUGAUGAAAUGUUGGAAUAUGCCAAUAUGUUCACCAAGAACAGGGGCCCACAACAUUCCUGCACAUCUGUGCCCCAGUAUAAAAAUUAUGCAUACCUCCUGGACCGUCUAUUAGAAGCCCAUUAUCCAGCAUUGCUAGUAGGAGAAGCAGGGUCAGGCAAAACAAUACUGUGCAAGACUCUAUUACAAGAAAGACCACAUCUGCACCUACCAGUAAGCCCACUUCUCUGCUCCGCUGAUUUACGCAAUAUACUUGAGAGGAUUGGGAGCCAGAACACAUCACUGGACUCUUUGGGUACCAUCAUGCAGCAGCAGGGUUCUCUUCUAUUUGUAGAUGACUUACAUGAAUCAGCUUUUGGUAAAACAUCAGCAACUUUGGAAACCUUGCGGCAGUGCAUAUCAAGGGACGGAGUGCAGACUUCAGAUGGCUAUUACUUUAAGCUGUUUAGCUCUGGAGGAAUUAGUUAUCUGGGCACUUGCAGGAUUCUUGGCACACACAAAAGUGGCUACAGUCAGAUUUCCCCACGACUCUCUAGACUGUUUACUAUUUUGGUACUUCCUGUAAUGACUGCAGAUAUUCUUUAUUCCAUCCAGUCCUCACAAUUACUGCAGUGGCUGAGAAAAUUCCCACCUAUGCCAAAGAUUGCAGAUAUGGCACGCUGUAUUGUUGCUACAACCUUUGAUGUGUAUCUUGCUGUGUGUGAACAUUUAUCCUCUUCUGCCAACUCUCCCCACAUUGUUUUUUCCUUAUAUGAUCUUCAAAACGUAUUCCAAGGAAUGUGCCUUUUUGAUCCUAGGACCACAGCCCAACACUUACACCAAAGAAGGCCUAGCCUGAAUUUUCAAAGUCUUUCUUCACCUUCCUUGCCAGACUUUGAUCCAGCUUUUCUGAGUCCUGCAAGGAACAUACUCAGUAUUGCUCGUCUCUGGAUGCAUGAGUGUUUGCGCACCUUUGGUGAUCGUCUGUCCUCAAAUGAAGAAAGCCAAAAACUGGUUUCAUUCCUUUCACAAGCAUCUGAAAAGAAUUUCAGUAGUAAGUUGGCAAUUGAAUCCCAAAUCUUUGGAGAAAUGCUUGACCCUGGAUGUCAAUUAAAAAGCACAACCCCAUAUGAUAUAAACCAGCAUGGACAUAUGACUAUGCAGCAAGAUAAGGUUGAGUGUAUUGUGUCCAGAAAAGAAUCUGCUCCACCUCUCAUGGUUGUAGUGACUGAGGGUCAGUCAAAACUAACUGAAUCAGAGUGCUCUGAGGAGCUGAGCAGCUCCAACUCUAUUGGAGCAUGUGAAAAACCUCAUACCAUCUCUGUAAGGCCUCAGCAGCUGCUGCUUGAGAUUAGUUCUUCUAUCCAUGAUAUGGUCUUUAGCCCAGAAUUUAGUAGACUCCACAUAUGUAGAGCACAGAAGCACUUAAAACACAACAUAGUGUACCAGGAGAGAGACCUGGAUGUGUUAAUAGAACAACUGACUAACAUUGUAAAAAGCAAAGAAGUAAACGAUACUUACUGCAAAUAUGCAAAAUUUGUUGUGUACCACCAGAGAGUACGACAGCUUAUACAUAUCUUACGUGCCUUACUCAUACCUAAUGGACAUGGAGUUCUGUUUGGAGCUGCAAAGAAAACAGGGCGAAAGACAACAGUACGCCUAGCAGCUUAUUUGACAGGAUACCAACUAAUUGAAAUCCACUGUGGAAAUGAGGUCAAACUAAAGGAGCUGUUAAAAGAGGCUCGACAUCAGAUUGACACGCAUGGGGAGCAUAUAGCUUUUAUGGUUCAUGAGAAUACUAGUCAAGCCACUAGGGAUGAACUACUGGUGAUCAUGAAAACUUGGCGUCAAGUAGAUGAAGAACUGAAGGAAGUGAGACCACAUAUCAGUACUGUGGUCAAGAACUCACCAGAUCAAAUGAUUGACCCGGUCAAAAGGUGUUUCAGGAGCAAACAAAGACAUAUUCAUGUGUUUUUGCUACUGCCUCUCGGCCAGCACACUUAUGAAAGAGAAACUGGACAGUCAUCUGUAAUUGCACGUCAUAUUACUAAGGCUUUAACCCUCUGCUGUUGUGUAGAGGUAUAUCAUCCUUGGAGUGCUGAGGCUUUAGUUGAGGUUGCCUCUGUUAAUCUAAAGUACAGUGUAGAUGACAGUAUCUUGGUGGCUAAUAUUGCUCAGGCAAUGGCUGCAAUACACCAGUCUGCUACAAAAUAUGCCUCAACAUUCCUAAAUACCGUUUCUAACCAGCCGUUCAGCCCACAGACAUAUAUUGAGCUGAUAGAAUACUUCAGUCACCUUUGUGACCACCUCUGUGAGCAAGGUAGAACACAAGCCAACAGGCUGGCAGCAAUUCUGGCAUAUUUCAAGGAUCUGACUGACACAGCCCAGGAUUACAGCCAGGAAGCUUUCAGGCUUAAAGUCAAAUUUCAGGAGGCACAAAAGGAGUUAAGCCAGUUGCAAAUGGCUGUGGACACUGAGCGUGCAGUCUGUGAACAGACUCAUCAGCAUUGUUUAUUGGAAGAGAUUUGUCUUUCUCAUCUACAAGAACAGUUACAUCUAGCUGAACAGCAAGCUCAAGAUGCCCUCAAAGAGGUGACUCCACUGUAUCAGGCAGCCCUUAAGGCUCUGCUUUCUUUAAAUCAGUCUGACCUGGAUGAAGUCCGACACUACAGACAUCCCCCUGAUGGAGUGGUCAUUCUGAUGAAUGCAAUAUGCAGGCUAUUCAAUUGCCCAUGCAACUGGGAAAGCGGAAAACAACUUUUAGGGCAGCCUAAUUUCUUGCAGGAACUGCAAUUUUUUGACCACUCAAAGUUAAGCAAUGAGUUGUUUGAAGAGUUGGGACAAAUUGUACAGACACCAAACUUUCAAACAGACUUAGUCUGUGGUGUGAGCCAGGCGUGUGAAUCUUUGUGCAGCUGGGUACGGGCAGUAUACCAGUAUGCCUGUGUUAAGCGCUGUAUGGCUCCACAGGAAGCUCACAAGGACCAUUUAAACAAUUGCAUGGCUGAAAUCCGUGCACGGCUGCAGGUGGCUCGGCUGCAGGAAGAGGCUGCGCAAGACAGACUAGAGGUUAUUGAAAAGCAAUACCAAUUUGUCAGAAACAAUUUAAAGGAGCUUUCAAGCCAGCUCCAUAAGGUUGAAUUCCAAGAGAAAGAGGCUGCUCUCACUAUUAAGCAAGUAAGCUACUACAUUAAGAAAUGGAACAUGGCUAAAAAGGAAACCAACAUGAAUGACCACACCAUUCCAGGUGAUGCAUUGUUAUUAGCUGCUGCAAUAACCUAUUUGGGCCCAUUUGGGCCUGAUAUUCGACUGGAUCUGCUAAAACAGUGGCACAAAAUGUGUCUCACAGGCAAGAUUACCAUUAGUCCAAAAGAUGUGCGAACAUCUUUGUUUGAUGAACCACAGUUUCUUUCUACUGAGAAUGGCAACUUCGUACACAUUCCUGUGGCUAUGGAGAUUCACAGGACUCUGUCACAAGCACUUGGGAGGGAUCAACAUCUCAUUCAAGCACUGUCUCCCAAUCAUGUUUUAAAACUGUUGUUGUGGGGAUAUAGAGCGCCAUGGGCUCACAAAUGGGCUUUGCUUACAGACACACAGCAACAUAAAGAACGCAGUUCCCAAACAAGGCGGACAGAGUAUUCAUACCAGUUCCCAGUAAAUGCUGGAGGAUCUGAAAAAGAAGAGUUUGAGCUCAUUGUUUCUGCAGAUGACCCAGAAUUUAUUAACAAAAUCAGUCAUGGUGCAAAGAAAGGUUUGAAAGUUUUGGUUACUGAAAUUGAGCAUGCUGUGCCAGGAAAAGAGUUCCUCAGUAUGUUAGAUCGGCCAGGUGGAAAUCACAUUUUUGAUGUUUUCCAUCCAGUCAAAGCACUGCACCCGGAAUUUUGCCUGUUCCUCAGCACCUCUCUUCCAGCAAAUGUUCUGUUGGAUGAGAUCCACCCCUUAAUAUUGGUAAAGGUGAAAGUUAUAGAUCUAUCUCUAAGCACAUCAGAAGUCCAGGAUAUUAUUCUGAGUGACUUAAUACAGUCUAAGUGUUCAGAACUUUGGUUGAAGCAUUGCCAGUUGCAGAGAGAUAAACAAGUGCUUCUGGAUAAACUUCAUAUAGAGGAGGUUUCUUUGGUGGAUUACAUCUUGCAGUCUUCCACCCCACUGCUGCAGAAUCCUGAGUUCCUUCCAUAUGUGUCACAGUGUCAGAGAGCCUCACUGAGACUUCAAGCAGAGAUUGAAGACCUGUCCAAUGAAAUCGAUGGUCACAAAGCAAUAAUGAAUGACUUUCAACGCAUAACAGCACUGGCAACAGCCCUUUAUGGGGCUCUCCAGGAUGUGGGACGCCUCUAUCCCUUUUACUUUUUCCCUCUGUGCAGCUUCUUGACCGCUCUGCAGGAAACUUUAGCCCUAAAUGGUUGGCCAGAUGUUACAUGCAGUGCGGAGAUGGUGGAGGGUGUUGUCAUGUCAGACAUUUCACACAGGAUAGUGUCCCACUUACUUGCUCACUAUAGACCCUAUUUAUUCCAGAGCCAUGCAGAAUUACUGAGGUUGUUUUUUUCUGUUGCAUUCUUCAUGCACACUGAGGACUACUCUGAGAUUGAACGUGUCAUCUUUCUCAGAGGACUCAGUAACAUAGAAUCCUCAGACUAUGCACUUGAACAAUCUGCUCCCAUGCUUCCAAGCUGGAUACCAACCCAUACAAAAGCUGUUUUAGGUCUCCUGGAGAAAAUCUCAUCCUUCCAUGGCUUGAUCUCCACUUUGAGGAAUUCAUCCAGACAAUGGCAGGAGUACUUUCACUUUCCUUCAGCCACAGUGGUUGGAAAUGUUCCUUGCCAGUCACACUCCCAACUGACAACAUUACAGCGUGCAAUUCUUUGGAAGACAUUCUGUCCACAAUGGCUUGCAGCAGUGGUGGAUGAUCUCUCUGCUUGUCAGCAAGGACAGAAUAUACGAUCAACUGUGGCAGGUGGUUCUCUUACCAGUUCUCCAGAGGCACUCUCAAGCUUUUUGUCCAGAAAUAAAGGUCCUGUAAUUGUAACUAUGCCAAGUCAAACAGAAUAUGGGUCAGGAAGCAUCCACCCCCUGCACUGGAUUAAACACUCUGCUCGGCACCAAGCAGAAAUGAAAGGGGUGAAGGUGGUUGUACUUUCAUUUGGAUCUAAAUGCCAAAGAGAUGAUGUUCUCUCAUCACUUAAUACAGCUGUUCAGACUGGCUAUUGGCUGGUUUUGAAUAACUGUCACCUGCUCGAUCAUUGGGAUACCAGAGUUGUUACUCAGCUAAGACGUUUAAUAUCCUGCACAGGAAAAGGGCACUGGACGAAUAUGGAGGCAGAUACGGGGCUUGAAGGAGGUGCAGGAAAUCAAGUUCAUCCGGACUUUCGACUGUGGUUUAUAACAAAAGCCAAUGCUCCACUUUCUAUUCCAGCUUUCAUUAGGAUGUGUGCCAUGCAUUUGGUGUUUGACUCUCAGUGGGACCUGAAAGAUGAGCUGUGGUCCUCUUUGAGACAAGUUACCUCCACAGUUCUUCCAGCUAUGAACAUGGUGCAGCCUCUUCUUCGAUCUGCUAUCCUUCAUUCUGUGUUAAUGCAGAGACAAAAACUGAAGCAUCUGGGACACGGGAGCAUUUAUAAAUGGUCUUAUGAGGACCUUCUUGCUCUCACUGAUGUACAUUCCCACAUUGCCAAACUGUGCCAUGACCCUAUUGGAGCACUGGAGUAUGUAGCAGCUUACUUGAUAUAUGGUGGUCACAUAUCAGACUCAGCUGAUUUGGAGGCUGUGAAAGCAGUGUGCAGAGUUUGUCUACAACCACCACCAUCUACAUGGGGUAGUGGCCCUCACCUUCUUUCAGAAAUGAUCAGCAUGAGAGGACAUUUUGAUGAGGACAUUCUGAAAGCUGUACAGCAUUGCACUGAAAUCACACUGAAUAACAAUGAUACCCUGCUUCUGGGAUUCAGUGCAGAGAUGAGAAGUGAUAUAGUGAAAAUAAGAAGUCGGUCACUCAGAAUCCUGCUUCUUCAGGCUGAAGAUAGCUUUGCAGCUGUCAGACAUUAUGAUGGCAUGUUCAAGCAUCUUCCAGAGCUUGCAGACUUCAAAAUGGCUCAAGAAAGAUUACAAGCUUUACAGACCAAGUUUGAAUGGACAGAGGAGAGCAGAGGUGUGGGUGAGGGAAAAGUCUCGCUGGGCCCCAUUCGUACUUUCCUCCAGACAGAGUGGGACAAUCUUGCAGAGAAAGUGUCAUCACUUCUUGAACAUGCUUUUCAACCAUCACAAGACCUUUCUGCUUCUCCACACAUCACAUCAUCCAUUAUUUCAGAGUUGGAGACUCGAGCAAACCUGCUCCAAAUGUAUCAGUUAGAAAAAUACAGUUGUUCACCUCCUAUCUACUGUUUAGCUGCCUUUGCUAACCCCCGGGGCUUUCUGGCUGCUUUGAUCAGAGAGACUGUCCACAUCGAACAGAGUGAUAUCAGCCACAUUACGUUGCAUUUUCAGGUCCUAGGUGCUGCAGCAUCUCCAGCAUUUCAGCCCUCAAACGGGAUCUGUCUUUCUGGAUUGGAGCUACAUGGAGCAUUGUGGGAUACACAACUUGGAGCUCUGCAGGACACCCUGUCACCUAAGCCUUGUCCUUUUCCUCUUCUCUGGGUCAGAGCUCAAGUAAGGAACUCCAACAUGAGCUCCUCAUCUCACAGUUCACCUUCUAAUUCCUACGCUAUGCCUCUCUACAACUGUCCUCUAUAUCUGGACAGUCAGAGUAAGGAUGGAGUCUGGAGCCUCUCAGUGGACAACAUUGUCACUUAUGUUCCACUUAUGACAAGAUUAGAUCCAGUACUUUGCAAGAUGAGACGAGUUAGAUUAGUCUGUGCACUCAAAGAAAAUUAAUU